AUGACUGUAGCAUACGAUCUUACCCAUCGAGGGUCAUCGACACCACAACCCGGACAAGGCCAGGCGUUGGAAGACCGAUUUGAGGUUUUGAAGGAUAUCGGAGAUGGAAGCUUCGGCAGUGUUGCUCUGGCACGAGUGCGUGGUGCGGGUGCCAGUGUCGCAAGACGAGGCACUGUGAUCGCGAUCAAGACGAUGAAGAAGAACUUCGAGUCCUUUCAGCCAUGUCUAGAACUUCGAGAGGUCGUAUUUCUCCGGACGUUACCACCUCAUCAACACCUUGUCCCGGCAUUAGAUAUCUUUCUGGACCCUUUUACGAAGAAGCUUCAUAUUGCCAUGGAGUACAUGGAUGGGAACCUAUACCAGCUGAUGAAAGCACGCGACCACAAAUGCCUGGACGUUGCCAGUGUCAAGAGCAUCUUGUUCCAAAUCAUGCAAGGGCUGGAACACAUCCAUGCUCAUCACUUCUUCCAUCGAGAUAUUAAGCCAGAAAAUAUCCUCGUGUCAACUUCAGGGCAGCAAGAAUCAGGCAACUCUUUCCGUCGCUACUCGGCAAUCGUGACCCCUCCGUCGACCCCUCCCGCCUACACGGUAAAGAUUGCCGAUUUUGGACUUGCGAGAGAGACGCAGUCAAAACUAGCUUAUACUACCUAUGUAUCCACGAGAUGGUACCGCGCUCCCGAGGUGCUGCUACGAGCAGGAGAGUAUUCGUCGCCCGUUGACAUCUGGGCUAUUGGUGCUAUGGCCGUGGAGGUCGCGACUCUUAAACCACUGUUCCCAGGAGGAAAUGAAGUCGACCAGGUAUGGAGAGUAUGUGAGAUUAUGGGCAGCCCGGGAAAUUGGUACAACAAGGCUGGCUCCAAGGUUGGUGGUGGGGAAUGGAGGGAGGGCACCCGUCUCGCAGGUAAGCUUGGAUUCUCGUUCCCGAAGAUGGCUCCGCAUGCCAUGGAUACGAUCCUUCAAUCGCCACAAUGGCCAGCAUCUCUCAGCGACUUUGUCACGUGGUGUUUGAUGUGGGAUCCCAAAAGCCGGCCAACAUCGACUGAAGCUCUUGCACACGAUUUCUUUACCGAUGCCGUUGAUCCCCUGAGACCGAAGUCUUCCGGUUCAAAGAUGCUUGGACGGAAGCAUUCCGACCUAAGUUACCGCGGGUCCAAGGAAUCCACCGAGAUCGCAGCCCCUACUUUGUCCUCAAAGUCUUCCUGGUUCAGGAAGUCCUUAAUCGGCCGGUCCGAAAGUACCGGAACACCACAAUCAACGGGAAAGGAAAAUGCUGCCCCACGUCCCUCUCCGGUACCUGCAGCCAGCGAGCUGCCUGUAAGUAAGACCCGGCCACAGGCCGGUAAGAGGACAACAUGGACCAAUGGGCCUUCCAACAUGGCUCCUAUGCCAAUCCUCCCAGCCAUGAAGCCCAUAUCCCCUCUUUCAGAUACUGUCACAGCACAAGCAAGUAGUAGAACACCGUCGUACACUGAUGCGUACGCAUCCGCUGGCCCGCGACAACCGAACACGGACGAUAAGGUUGCGAAGAAGAUCGGCAGGCAACUAUCGGUUGCUUCUUCAAAUAACCACUACGCCGAUAUCCACAGACAACAGGCCGAGGCGGCUCUGAAUGGCAAUGCUAAUGGUGGACUGGCAUCCCCUCCUAGCGGGCAGAAGGAAAGUUUCUUUUCCCAUCUACGCAAGCGUGCGAGGAGGUUCUCGGGACGCCAAUCGACGACCCCAUUAUCUCCAAAAUCGAUAGAUAUCGAAGCUCAAGCUGGAUGUGGGCCUUGGGCGAGUAACAGAUCAUCAAUUGUUGUAGACCCGAGUCAAGCGCCUACCCCUGCUCAGAAGGUCGACACCUACGAAGCUCUGGACAAGGCCCUGCGGAAUGUGCAGCAAAAUCUGGAUUCGCCACAACAGGGUACCGCGCCAAUACCUCCUAGCCACAUGAUAAAUCCCAACAGCGCUCUGAAGCGUCACCACUCUCUUCCUCAACAGCAAGCUCGAUCAGUCGACAACAUGCGUGCUGCCGGAGGACCCAUUUCUAGUAGAACUCGCCGGUCUCAUGUUCCUGCAGGUGCCCGACAAUACGACACUCCAGACGAAGAAGAUGAGCUGCUUGACGAGGCCUUGUCGAGCACUCAUAAGGCGAUGAAGAAGUUGGACCGAAACUCGAUUCAGAACGACGCCCGCCAGCCACUCCGGCAAUCGAGUAGCAAUUUGGUUCUAUCCAACCCGUAUCCAACCCCUUCGCCAUCCGCCAGUGGCAAUGCUGCUCUUUUCGGGCAGGGAACGAACCAGGGAACGAACCACGAGACGCCUUCAAAACCUCCGCCACACGGCCACAAGCAAUCAUCAACGCCGCCGUACGACUACGGGGAGAACGAAUGGGCCGCUUCAGCGGCAGCCAGCAUUUUUGCAGCCUCUAGUCGAUUUUAA